AUGACGCUCAUCACAGACCCUCUCAAGAUCGGACGCUGCACCCUGAGCCACCGGGUUGUCAUGGCGCCAUUGACUCGGUUGCGGGCCAGCGAUGAGCAUGUCCCUGAAGACAUGGUGCUGGAGUACUACUCGCAGCGUGCUUCCGUUCCAGGGACGCUCCUCAUCACCGAAGCCUGCUUCAUCUCCGCCAAGUCUCGCGGCCGCGACGAGAAUGCCCCGGGUAUCUACAGCAGCAAACACAUCCAAGCUUGGAAGAAGAUCACGGACGAGGUUCACCGGAAAGGGUCCUACAUCUUUAUGCAACUAUGGCAUGUGGGAAGAGCUGCGCGCCAACAUGCACUAGACAAGGCUGGACUGGAGAUGGUUAGCAGCAGUAGCACUCCCAUCAGUGACGACCACCCGACGCCGCGGCAAAUGACGAUCGAAGAAAUUAAAGAGUGCAUAGACGACUUUGCACAAGCCGCCAAAAAUGCUAUUGCUGCCGGCUUUGACGGCGUCGAGGUCCACGCAGCCAACGGUUAUCUCAUCGAUCAAUUCACCCAGGAUACGUGCAACCGGCGGACGGACGAGUGGGGAGGGAGCAUUGAGAACCGUUCGCGAUUCUGCUUUGAGGUCGUCAAAGCAGUCUGCGAGGCCAUUGAACCAGAUCGGACUGCCGUGCGACUUUCACCGUUCAGUACCUUUCAAGGCAUGCGCAUGGCAGACCCUGUUCCCCAGUUCAGCGACCUGAUCUCGCGCCUCAGAGUUUUCCCUCUUGCGUAUUUGCACCUCGUCGAACCGCGAAUCGCGGGCAAUGCGGAUGUGAUCUCCACAGACCAAGAAAGCCUGGACUUUGCGCUCAAGACAUGGGCAAAGACUGGACCACUUAUCCUUGCCGGGGGCUACACGGGAAAAAAGGCAAACGAGGCUCUGGAGACAAGACUCAGCGGGGAGUCUGUGGCAUUUGCCUUUGGAAGGCAUUUUAUUUCAAACCCUGAUCUACCCUUCAGACUGACCAAUAAUAUCCCUUUGACUCACUAUGAGAGGGACACUUUUUACAAAGUUAAAAGUCGGGACGGAUACACAGACUACUCAUUUUGCUCUUCUUGGCAAGACCAGCGUUUGUAG